AGUACUUCCGGUGUGGAGCCGGUCUUUUCCUGUGUCUAUAAACUUGAGAUUAGCGGUUCUUUGGCCAGUUAGACUCAAUCUAACGCCAUCCACAGGGGCACACACCGACUAAAGCCGCAGAGAUGACCGAACAGAUGACCGUAAGAGGGACCCUUAAGGGCCAUAACGGCUGGGUCACGCAGAUUGCCACGACACCGCAGUUUCCAGACAUGAUUCUGUCCGCGUCCAGAGACAAGACCGUCAUCAUGUGGAAACUCACCCGGGACGAGACUAACUACGGCAUUCCUCAACGAGCUCUUUGCGGACACUCUCACUUUGUGAGUGAUGUGGUAAUCUCAUCUGAUGGUCAGUUUGCGCUGUCAGGGUCGUGGGACGGCACCCUGCGUCUGUGGGACCUCACCACUGGAACCACAACCCGUCGAUUCGUGGGUCACACUAAAGAUGUGCUGAGUGUUGCCUUCUCUGCUGACAACCGUCAGAUUGUGUCUGGCUCUAGGGACAAGACCAUCAAACUGUGGAACACUUUGGGUGUCUGCAAGUACACUAUUCAGGAUGAAAGUCACACAGAGUGGGUUUCCUGCGUCCGUUUCUCCCCUAACAGCAGCAACCCCAUUAUCGUCUCCUGUGGCUGGGACAAGAUGGUCAAGGUGUGGAAUCUGGCCAACUGCAAGCUGAAGACCAAUCACAUCGGACACACGGGCUUCCUGAACACCGUCACCGUCUCUCCUGAUGGCUCUCUUUGUGCCUCUGGUGGAAAGGACGGACAGGCGAUGCUGUGGGAUCUAAACGAAGGAAAGCAUCUGUACACGCUGGACGGUGGUGAUGUCAUCAACGCUCUCUGCUUCAGUCCCAACAGAUACUGGCUGUGUGCCGCCACAGGGCCCAGCAUCAAGAUCUGGGAUCUGGAGGGAAAGAUCAUUGUUGAUGAGCUCAGACAGGAAGUCAUCACUACUAACAGCAAGGCUGAGCCGCCACAGUGCACAUGUCUAGCCUGGUCUGCUGAUGGACAGACUCUCUUUGCUGGAUACACAGACAACCUGAUCAGAGUUUGGCAGGUUACCAUCGGAACCAGAUAAAGACGUAAAUUCCAAGAACCGAAUGCAAAGCGUGGAAAAAUUAAUAAAUAAAAAUAAAUAAAAAAUGAAACGCA